AUGAGGAUCCGGAUGGUGUGGGAGGCGAAGUGCUGGAUGCGCGACGACUCGCAGGGAGAGAUGAGUGGGACCGAGAUCGUUUGGCGGAGGAUGAGGACGGACGUGAUGGCGGUCGAUCCGUCUCAUCAAAGAUCCUCCUUCUUCCACCACUGGCGAGACGUCGAUUCGUCCACACACUGCGCUGCUCACCUUGCUCGAAUCGUCCGAGCUCUACGCCUCCGCUACACGACUCGUGGACGCACCACCCGCGUCCAGAUCCGCUGUCGCAUCGAUACUGGCGAGCACAGCAGCAGCGGCAGGAACGCAACCUCCGGUGCCGACGUACAAUGGAAAGGCACCGUUGACGUUGGAUGA